CACACAAAGCGCAGCACAGCACGAACACCUGAACACCAAUGCUGCUUCAGAGCUUAGACAAGCGCCUAUGCUUCGCCUAUUUCAGUUCCAUAGCCGCAUCACCUUCCUCCGCUCUGUCCCAUCGGCGCCUGCGCCUCCUACCCUACCGGAGCCAUGCCACGCCCACCAGGUUCUCGGCGAAAUGCGCCGCCGGUUCUCGGCCCGGCCCUGCUGCGCAGCAAGACGACGCAGCGCCGGAAUAUCGCCUCCCUCCAAAGGAAAUCCAGGAAAUCAUGGACGUGCCACCGAAUCCAAGUUACUAUGUCUCCCCUCGCCGAGAUAGGAUCAUGUUCCUGAAACGUAGAGCUAUGCCUCCAUUGUCCGAGCUUGCAAAGCCUGAUAAAAUACUCGCUGGUAUUCGGAUCGAUCCCAGUUCUAACGCAAGGAGUCGAAUGUCCUUUUAUACUGGGAUUAGUGUCCAUCUGCUGAUGGAUGAUGGAAGUUUGGGUCCAGAGAAAGUGGUCCAUGGGUACCCAGAUGGUGCAAAGAUUAAUUUCAUAACAUGGUCACCAGAUGGUCAGCACAUGGCCUUCACUGUGCGCUAUGGAGAUGAGGUGAGCAAUGGUAGCAAUUUAGCAUUGUGGGUCGCUGAUGCUGAAUCUGGACAAGCUCGUCCACUUUUCAAAUCAACAGACAUAAGACUGAAUGCUAUUUUUGAGCUAUUUGUCUGGGUGGAUAAUUCCACUCUGUUGGUUUGCACUGUUCCUUCAUCACGUGUCGAUUCACCAAAGAAGCCAUUGAUUCCUUUUGGUCCAAGGAUUCGUUCCAAUGAGCAGAAAAAUGUAAUCCGGAUGAGAGCCACGAAAGAAAUGUUGAAAGAUUUGCAUGAGGAAGAAUUGUUCAAUUACUAUGCAACCUCUCAGUUAGUACUGAUCUCGUUGGAUGGGAUAGUGAUGCCAGUAGCCUCCCCUGCUAUAUAUGUUUCUCUUAAUCCUUCACCAGAUGAGAAGUACUUGAUGCUCACCUCUGUUCACCAGCCAUAUUCUUCUAUAGUCUCCUAUAAAAGGUUCCCGAGGAAGGUUGAGUUGUGGACAGUUGAUGGUAGAUUUAUCCGUGAAGUUUGUGAUCUACCCCUUGCUGAGAAUAUUCCAAUUGCACCUAACAGCGUCCGUAAGGGAAAACGUUUAAUCAGGUGGAGGCCUGACAUGCCUUCAACAUUUUAUUGGGUGGAGGCACAAGAUGGAGGAGAUGCAAAUGUUGAAGUCUCACCACGUGAUAUAGUUUACAUGGAACCUGCUGAGCCUUUAAAUGGCGAGAAACCUCAAGUUCUAGUUAAACUUGACCUUCGGUAUGGAAAGAUCUCUUGGUGCUAUGGAUUGCAUGCACUGGUCUAUGAAUAUUGGCACAAGACACGCAGAACAAGAACAUGGGUUAUCUCUCCUGACUGCAAAGAGUUUAGCCCACGAUUAUUAUUCGAUAGAUCUUCCGAAGAUGCCUACUCAAGUCCAGGUUCUCCAAUGAUGUGCAGAACUCGUGCAGGCACCCUCGUCAUUGCAAAAAUUAAGACAAGUGAAGAGACCUACAUCUUAAUGAAGGGACUGGGUGCCACGCCAAAAGGAAGCGUCCCUUUCCUUGAUCUCUUGAAUAUAACUACGGGAACGAAAGAGCGGAUAUGGGAAAGUGGCAAAGAGAAGUACUAUGAAUCUGUUCUUGCACUGAUGUCAUAUUGUCCCGAAUGUGAAAUCCAGCUAAAUCAACUAAAAUUACUUAUAUCAAAAGAGUCAAGAAGUGAAGCUACCCAAUAUUAUCUUAGUAUUUGGCCAGAUAAGACGGAAGUCCAGUUAACAAGUUACCCCCAUCCAUAUCCUCAGCUGGCAUCGUUGCAGAAAGAAAUAAUCAGGUACAAGCGGGAAGAUGGCGUUAAACUUACUGCUACAUUAUAUAUGCCUCCAGGCUAUAAUCCAUCAAAAGAUGGGCCUCUUCCAUGCUUGAUUUGGUCUUAUCCUGGAGAGUUUAAAAGCAGAGAGGCUGCUGGGCAAGUUCGCCGUUCACCCAAUAAAUUUGCACGCAUUAACAACAAUUUUCCUCUUCUUUGGUUAGCUAGAGGGUUUGUUAUUUUGGCUGACCCGACAAUCCCCAUAAUUGGUGAAGGAGACCAAGAGGCGAAUGAUAGGUACAUCGAGCAGCUAAUUGCUAGUGCGGAAGCAGCAGUAAAUGAAGUUGUAAGAAGAGGGGUUGCUCACCGUGACAAAAUCGCUGUGGGUGGUCAUUCAUACGGUGCAUUUAUGACUGCUAACCUCUUGGCACAUGCACCUCACCUUUUCUGCUGUGGAAUCGCACGUUCGGGAGCCUACAACAGGACACUUACUCCAUUUGGCUUUCAGAAAGAGGUGAGGACGCUCUGGGAGGCUACCGAUACCUAUAUUAAGAUGAGCCCCUUCAUUUUAGCUAACAAAAUCAAGAAACCAAUUCUACUGUUUCACGGAGAAGAAGACAGCAAAGUAACAACAGCAAUGCAGUCAACUCAAUUUUACGAUGCUUUGAAAAGGCAUGGAGCGCCAUGCCGCCUGGUGAUUCUCCCAUUCGAGGGUCACCGAUACACUGCAAGGGAGAGCAUUAUGCAUGUAAUUUGGGAGACUGAUAGGUGGCUGCAGAAAUAUUGUGCAAGUAAUUAAAGCAGCACCCAGCUUGUGGAGUCCAGUGUUGAGAAGACAACACAAUCAGCCUUUGAAGCCUUAAUGUUGAACUUGACCAGUUUGAGCAACCUUAUACUACUGGCCUUGGAUCAUAUUGGCUUAAUGAAGUUCAAAAGCAAUUCACAAUGAUAUUGCUGGGUUUCCAUGCGACACAGAAGAGCACUGUCUCAUUCCUUGUCAUUCUUGACACUUGUAACACGGCACUCUGAGCCAUACUCUUACAGGCCAAUAGACACCAUUGGUAUAUCUGUAUCUCUAUUGUCUGCUUUUCAAGAGCAUGGCUUCUCUGCAGUUUUUUUCUUGAAUGUUAGAGCAUUAUACACAAAGUGCUAUAUCAUCAGGAUCUGCCAAUGCACAAAUCUUAGGCCUGAAGACAUCAACUCUGUAAAAUUCAAGUAUGAUAAAGCAUAGCGAGGGUAAAGUCCAAUCCCUUUCUUUUAAUAGAUUUUGUUUUAGUUAAGAUCAUUAUGAUGUAUGCUCCCAAACUUGCACUUGUUUUCUGCAUUUUAUACAUGAAUUUCUGUGAUUCUAAAUCUCUAACUCAUUUUUGCUGGUAUAACUGCAUAACAAUGGACAAUCAUAUGGUUCUGUGGUAUCACAAAUUGACCAUAACCAUAUCAGAAAUCGCAAAAGGAAAUCAGAUAGUUUCUUCAGUAAGAUGCCGUGUGUAGAAUAAUGUCCUCACCUUACUACCCUCAGUGCAUCUUGUUUGCUUUGGAUAGAUGCCUGGAGCCUGGUGUUUCUGUUACAGAUACCAUUCAGAUUAAAUUGCUCCUAUUGGUCCUUCACAAGUUAUCUCGUUGCACCAUCUAAAAAAACUAGCAAAGAAAUCUUAUUAAAACACCAAGGAAAAAUAAUUCUGGCAAAAUGUGGUUUAAUAUUUGAAGUUAUUUUCUUGUUUUGACUUCCUUCAACAGUAAAAGCUUAGUGAAUGUGAAUGUGUCACCUCUAAUCGAUUGCAGGCGAUAGUAUUUUAUUGGUAGGGCUCAAAUAAACUUGGAAGCACUGGUGACAUUUUCUUGCUUGACAAAUCCUAUACAGAAAAACAAAGACUUGUAUGACACUGGGUGUUUGAUAAUAUAUUGAGCGUGGAGAAGGUCAAUUAAGUCUCCAUCAUCUAUGAAUAGUUACAAACAGAUAAGGCAACUGUUGUACCAUGUGAGCUUGUUUCGAUGAUGCUUGUCAAAUAAAAUCUGCUUUUUUCUGCUGAGUUUGUUAAUGUGGUACACUUAAGGAUCAACUAACAAUUAAAGAUUAUUUUAGAUAACAUGAGACUAACUCAAGCCUAGCUUCAUCAUCAUCCUGUUGCACAAGCACAUGAUUUGGAGAGCAACAGUAAGUACAACAAGACAUCAUACUUUGAUCUAACCGCACCUAGUAUCAUAAUCAGGUCACCAUUUACUUGUGGUAAAUGACAAAAAACUAUAGUAUGCUUUCAUUUUUUUGAUGGAAUCCUAUCAAUCACACUUCUUUCUUGCCAAGAAAUAUGACAUGGUUUUUGUAGUAAAUAAAACUAUAGGUCCAGAGCUCUGUUAAUUCAUUAACAAAAUCAAAGUAACGUAAAAUUGUAAUUUGACACAUUAAAUGAUUAAGUCUUAAAAUAUAAUUUUAGUAAACUCUAUUCACUUUGAUAAUUCUAUGAUGCUGAUUCAGAAGGCUAGCCAGGAGCCUAGAAAGGAUAAUUGCUUGAUCCAUGCUAAGAUCGAAGGAGGGACAUGGAUUCUGGCCAAAAAACAAUUGUCAGCACUAAAUGAUUCAGUGUUAGCUUGCUGGCGAUUCAAAUAUUCUUCCCUGAACUUGAACUCUUCUUUAACCUGCAGUUUGAAUGUUAUUUACCACUCCAUUGUGCCACCUGAUGAGGGAAAGUCAUCAAUGUACUUGCAUAGCUGUUAUUCCAUGGGUCAUUUCAUUUAAGAGGUCGCCUGGAGGAGGCACACCACAAGCACAUCGCAGUCAUGAUAUACAUGUACAUACACGCGUGCGCGUGCACUACACGCGCUAUAUUCCCGAGUACAGGAUUUUUUUGACAGCAUUUUAAUGUAGGUCGCUGUCAAGGAAUCAAAUCCAAGCACACAUUUUUAGACUUUGUACUACCACACCAUUUAUUUUGCAGGAGAAAGCCAAAUGGUGGUUUGAAUUCUCCACAACGACAGAAGCAUCUCUGUGUCAUAGUCUUGCAAGACUUGUGCAGGCCACACGCCUUUCCAUCUGUUCUGUCCAUACAAGCAACACCCAUACCAUUCUGGUACGUUUCCUUCCCCAAUCCUCCUUGCAACUUGGCGAGUGGAGAUUUCUAUCAGAUCGCAGCUGAACCUGAACAGUAGCUGCCAUAGCCUCAUCCAGGGCUUCUCCAUGUUGCCCUUAUCUUGUUCUCCCGAAGGUAUUGCCUUCAUCUGAGCAAUAUCUGUUGAUGCGCCUGGGCCAUUCAUCGCCGAAAGUCUCACCAACCGGUUCAGAUCAAUGAAGAAUAUUUGCCCCUGUUUCGAUCCUCUCGUCGAAAAGCUCCAUUCAGGGUGUUUUCUGUCAGGGGUGCGAGUGAACGGCUGGGACGAUGUCUUCCAAAAAAAAAAUCAGAAUGAUUGGCCUCAUCUUUUGCAGUUUCUUUGUGUGCAAAGUCAACAAGUCGAAAUGGUUCUCAUGGGCACCUUUAGUACCUAUCUUUUUUGGGUGCCUUCCAAUGAUUCCCAAAGGCCAAGAAGCCAAGCUAGGCCUAGGAGCACCACUUGCAUAUCUGAUGGCUGUUACUGUCUUACAGUGGCAAGCAAAAGGAGAGGUGAUGAGAAGAUAGGAGACGCGGCAGCAAGCAAGAUCGACAGAGAAAGCAGCCGGUAGGUGCUGCAAUUUAGAAAGCUCCAGGGGCACACUAAUUUCACCCGAGUCGUCGCGUUUUCGCCUCGAUUUGUAGCCUCCUGUUUGGUUCAGACCAAUCACUGCCACAAUAAAAGGUAGACAUUUGGUACAUUGCUUGGCUGCUGUGAUAUGAGAUUGUUUCUAAAUAGUGACUCACAGCCAGGGUAGUUGCCAGUUGCCUUCACUGGCACUGUAUUAUUAUUAGCCUGAAACUGAGACGUUUCGACUUGUUGCUGUCACUCAAUCUAUUUCGUACUAUUAAUUCAUUUAUCGGUGUCCGUA